UGAUCCAUGCCACAAUAGGGAGGUCAGGCGUCGAGUAGUAAAUCCUGGUAGUGAUUUGGGUAAAUGGAAAGGCGGGGUCUUAUCUGCUCAUUUUCAGCCUCAUGCGCAAGUAUAUGGGUCUGAAACUCUUCCAAGUUCCAACUAAAUCGCGUUACUUUAGUAAGACUUGACAGCCGCUACAGUCUGCGCAACAUGGAGACCGAAAACAUCACUUCAGCUUCGACGUUUAUAUGCUCAGAAGCAGAGUCAACUUCUACGACUGAAGAGAAGCCAUCUCUUUCAAACAAGAGCUCCACAGAGUUCAGUGAGAACGCUAGGCCAGCGCCGACCCAGCCAUGGAAACAAUGGAAAUCCCUUGUUGAGAAGAACAAUGAUGGACCGUGGGUAGGAUGGCAACCCGAACCAGAUAAAGGGGUUCAAAAACCAUGGCUUGAUUGGAUUCGAAGACUGGGAGACUCUUGGAAUACCUCAAUCGGCUAUUGUAAUUGGCUGUACUGGUGCGGAAGGAGGCUGAGCAACGGUCGUAGUACUGAGCUAGCUAUGGACACUACUUUUGAAGUUGAACCUAGUUCCAACACGUCUUGAUGAGGUGUCUUAAUGAGCGAAUUGUUAUUUCACGUAUAUUAUUUAGCUUACUCCUCAGC